AUGGAUGAACAAUGGGGUAGACAGUAUGGGAAGGGAUGGGAAGGGUCUUCUCAUCCACAUGGACGGAAUGUCUGGAUGGCCACCUUCCUGUGUUUGAUCAUUUUUCUCACCACCUUGGGGAACACCUUGCUGAUUCUCCUCAUCUUCACCCAGAGGUCAUUGAGGAACACCUCUAACUAUUUCCUGGUAUCCCUCUUCAUGUCGGACCUCAUGGUGGGACUGGUGGUGAUGCCACCGGCCAUGCUAAAUGAACUCUAUGGCCGUUGGGUCUUGGAUGUAAACUUCUGCUGUAUCUGGUACUCAUUUGAUGUCAUGUGCUGUAGCGCCUCCAUCCUUAACCUCUGUGUCAUCAGCUUGGACAGGUACCUGCUCAUCAUCUCCCCUCUCAAGUACAAGCUCAGGAUGACCUCCUGUCGAGCACUCGGCUUGAUUUUGGCCACCUGGACCUUAGCCGCAUUGGCCUCCUUCCUGCCUAUUGAGAUGGGUUGGCAUGAACAGGACCUUGUUAUACAGUCCAGGAACCUGACCUCUGAGCCCCAGGAGAAGCAAUGUCGUCUGCUGGUCAGUUUACCCUAUGCCCUGGUUGCUUCUUGUCUUACCUUUUUCCUUCCAUCAGCAGCCAUCUCCUUCACGUACUGCAGGAUCCUCCUAGCUGCCAGGAAGCAGGCUGUCCAAGUGGCUUCUCUGACGACUAAUGUGCCAAAUCUAUCUGAAGAACAUGCCCAGGUGGGUCUGUGCCACGGAGUAUUUCUCAGGUUUGGGUGUCCACCUCGUUGUCUGCCCCCCAGAUUAUAG